AGCUUGCUCGAAGCGAAGUUUCGGUCUGCGUGUUCUCGAUCGGGACGGGGUGGCGGCAAAUCGAGGCGAACGGAGGCAGAUUCGCUGCUUGUAUCGUCCGGUGUUUCGCUGCAAGGACGAACGCUUCCUACGAGUAGCGAACUUUGUUCUUCGUUUUGCACUACUUGUGCGUCACGGAAAGUGCUUUCCACUCUAACAUUAAUGACGCCGUUGUCUAAAGCCGUCGGCCGAGUCAGCGAAACCAGUUCGAUACGUGGCUCGAAACGAAUUCGAUUGACAAACGUCCAACAACGAUAAUGGAACAAGAUUACAGGUGCAAGAAUCGAGGAAGCUUACCAUAACUAAUAUCUAGAAAUUACCAAUUGCAGACCAUAUAUCUGCGCGAUCACCAGUUACGUUAAACAUCGAUCGAAACAGGAACUAUGAUUUCUCGCGUCUACACGCGUGCUACUUCAAUACUUGAUACUUUAAUGUUAUGCCGCUAGAUCGGAAUUACUUUAUAACGUUGCUUAAUUAACAUUUCAGUAGUCACUCCUCAGCUUCGUAGUAUUCACAGCUAUUAUUAAUUUUAUUAUUAUCCAAAUAGGGCCUUCCGAAAAGAUCGCGUUCGAGCGGUCCCGGAAACAAAUUAUUAAGUAAUUACCUAGAAAGGUAAAAAGUAGUGACCUAGAAACGGACUAAACAGCGGCAAAAUAAAAUGCCGCGUAUCACAAAUUAUUCGAGUUUGGGGUUAAAAAACUCGAGCGAGACUCGUCGUUUCUACUAGAACGGUUAGGUAAUAAACGCUGUGUGGUCCGCCUGUAAAUACUGCUCGACUCUCGAUGCUGAACUUGGACAAAUAUGUAUCUGGAUAUUACGCAAGCGUCUAGUUUCGACUUUCUCUCUCUUCGUACUUCUGGUUCUUCCUCGGAGUUUUAAGUUUGCUCUCCCAUAAAUGCUACCAGGGGAAAUUAUUUUACCCGAUUAACGAACUAAUUCGCGUUUAAACAUUUGCCAAGAUUUUCCGAAGAGGGAAAUUUGGAUCUCGUGGCAACAAACUUGGCGCGAUAUGAUUCUUGGAAAGUCGAUUCACGAGUAACUCGAGCGCAGGCGUGUGCAUACCUUACAGUAUUCGCACGUGAUGCAUCGGUGAGUGCACGUAACUCGUCGAUCCGUUCAUCCAGACAUGCCGAUUAUCAUACGAGAAACUGGCGCUUAUAAUCUAUCGACUGAUUGAAAUGUGAGAGACCACCGUUCGGUUACCGCUUUCUUGGCCAACUGCCAGAUUUUCUUUUCUCACCCCUUCUUCUGCAUAUCGUACCCUGAGAAUUUGCUCAGUCAUCUAACGGCGAAUUAUUGUACAUAUUGUCUCCGGAGAAAUAAGCUUGAACCGGGUCUGCGUUUAGGGCGACGGAAUAACGGUCCCAUUUACAUCGAACCGAGCUUGGAUUCGCUAAUUGAAAAUCCGUGUAAAGCUACCCCGCUUAAGACCAUUUGUGGUCGGUGUCGGUGGUCUUCGGUAAUUUGUCUAAUUCGCGUGGACGACAUUACGGUCUAACAGUUUCAAUCGAAGGCAGAAAGAAUUAGAAAUAAAAACGUAACCAUCGCGCGUGAAAACGAAAAUAAUCGAUAAUUAUAGAAAAAUAGAGGCAGGACGACACCGGUUCUAUCGACGCGAUUCAGACAGAUUGUACGGGACAAUCACGAUCUUUAUCGCCGUUGGUGAUUGGUAUUCCGAUACUAGCAGAGGUUGAACGUUAUUCGAGCAGCGGGUAUGGCAUGAGAAAAUCGCGAAGAAUUUGUUUCGUCGACUAGCUAAUCGGCACCUCGAGAGCAUACAAUAUUUCCAACGCGAGUCGAGCCAACAAACUUCAUAAAACUGGGCUCUGGCGGAUCGCGGCUAUCCGUGCAACGAUCUGUACACGCUGCUUAAAACAAUUGAACAAUCGUAAUUAAGAAACGGCAAACACAGAGACACCGAUGCAUCGGACUCUUGCGCUUUUCUCGCUUCCGUUUAAUUGUCUCGAACAACGUGCGUCGAAUCUUAAACGGUAUCCUCGUUUCGUCGGAACUUUUCAAAAGGAGAGAUGCCGCGUCGUUUUCGAUGCAAAACAGGAAUUCUCGAAACACGAGCUUAGAAUAUCGACCCAGUUGCCGAAAAAUCGCUCGACUUUCGCCGUGCACUUCCAGAAAUGGCCGGCGACCAUCCUGUUAUUUGCCAGGAAGGGGCAAAAGAACGUUCUUUCGUGCGCGCGGAGUAGAUCGUUCGUGAGUAGCUUGACAAUAAACGAUGGGCAAUUUUCGCACGCUCGCCGCGCAGCUCGACGACAUAUCCGACCGAUUCAAAGUUUCGCUUCCUAGCGAUUCCGAAUACGAAUCGCGACGCUCCGAAUAAACGAGCUGUCCAAUUGGGAAGGAAGGAAGAGUCGCGUAGCGCGAAAUUAAGAAGGAAAGAUUCCGUAAUUUCUGAAUUAUCCGGUGCAACGCGUGGAAAAUGACCGUCUGAUUCUCCAGGCUGUUAGGGAGAAGAAAAACGCCGAGAACACGAAAUGUACGUACUCUCUGCUCCUGGAGUAAAAAGCCAGACGUGAUUAAUUGACACCGAGACGCAACGAAAUCGUUAUCAAAGUCAUCAUGCGGACGUCGUUGGUUCUACUGGCGUGGAUGGUGACAUCGGCGACAGCGGCGUCUUUUCGAGGCAGAGCGCGAUUGUUCCCCGACGACAAGGACGAUGCGCUUCCACUUUCUACGGAAACCGAGAUUGUCACUGUCAAGGACGCGACGAAUCAGCCGACAAGAAAGCAAUCAGUGAAGACCGACAGUGGAACGAACGACUCGUUGCUAACCUCGAUUCAGAAUCAGGAUAAUCGAGCGGAAAGCAGUAAGCGCGUCAGCCAAGGCAAAGACAAAGUGGCGAAGAGAACUCGAAAGCAUAAAGCCAUUUUCGUUAACUACCCUGUCGUCCAGCAGCUUCGCUACGACUCGCCGUACGACGUCGAUUACACCGGCAACGAUUUCGAUACCGAGGCGAGGUCCGUCUCGGAGCCCGACUAUCAGGAGAGCGACAUCUUUUACAUUCGGCUGCCACCGACGCCGUACAUGUUCGUCCCGGGUUUAGGCUACGUAUCGCAACCACCCACCUACUCGACCGCCAACCUACGGCCACAAAUCUCGUAUGCGAGGCCGAGACCGAAACCGGCGCAACCCGUUAACCCGUUCAUCAAGCUGCCCAUAGAUUUCGUGAGCAACGGGAAACCCACGGCCGUCUAUCAGUGGCAAAAGAAACCUUCGAAAAAACCGACCGACAGUCCCAUCACGAAUCUCGACAGUUUAUCGGCGGAGUUCGUCAACAACGGGAAACCGACGUCCAUUUAUCAGUGGCAGUCGAGUCUGAAACCGACCAAAAUAUCCGACGACGUGGUCAACAACCUGGACAAAGGCCCGUACACGUUCAACGGCAAACCGGCCAGAUUCUUCCUGCUGAAAUCCGACGGAACAUCGUCGCGCCGUCAGUCUUUCCGAUUCCCCGAUUUCCAGCUGGACAAUUCCUAUUACUGAAGAAUAGGCGAGACAGUCCCUCUCGUUGCUAUCGAAACGUGGAAAACGUGGCUUCCUCGAGUCGUAGGAAUUUGCGACUCGAUCUCGAGGUCGGACGAGGUUUCCGGAUCGGCGAAGCACGGGACAACGGUGAAACGAAACAUUCUCGCGUAAUCCGUGAUUGCCGAUACGAACGCUUGCACGAGACGCGAAUCGACUCGAGAACGCGAGUCGAUUGCUUAGAAAUGGUCGUGGAAGCUCGCCAAGUUGUAAUUCGCGCGUCGAUAGACGGUGUGUUGUUCGUGCUCUCGAUAAAGAAGUUGCGUCGGUUGAACGGUGAAUUAUCCGUGCCGCGUGUUCGAUUACCAUGUUAGAGUAUAGGUUAUUAUUUCGAUGAUUACAGGGGAUCCGUCGAAAGACCGACUGUUAAAAGGAUAGGGUGCACCUCGUGUGAAAGUAUCAUUAGCGCGCGACGAAUGAUCGAUUAAUGCGUACGUAAUUCGGUUCGAGAUAAACGGCGAACCGAAGCAACCUAGCGACUGCAACCGUGGAAUUUAUAAAUUCUUUUAUACGCUCUGAUUUUCUAUUCACCUUCCACUUCGCGAUAGCUCGACGCUUUGCCAUGAAUAUAUUCCGCUUAAUUGAAACGUACGUUGCUACGUCCGAUUUCAAUGGAGCUUAUCCUCGGGAAAAAACGCGUAAUUGCUAAGUAUAAAUGUAUAGUUUCUGUUUAUAGAUUAUUCCUAUUUAUACGUUAAUUAAUUAGCGAACACUUACAUUUACAUUCGAGUAGGUUACACGGAGGGUAACGAUUCAUCGGGCAACGACGCGACAAGCGAUUGCUCAAACUGAA